GGCUGGUUCAUUGGCGAAUGUAACGGUCUUUGUUUAUCAAUUUGCCGACAACUUGUGGAGUCGGAUCAAAUCAACAAUCAGCCCAGCUCUGUCGGUUUGACGCGCCACUGACAUGUUUAGUCAACUGCGAUCAUUUCAACUCUUGUUGUCGGUUAACUAAUCUUCACUCUCGUUUUUUCAACUGUCGGGGUCUGUUAUUUCCUCAUCAAAAUGGCGUCGAGUUCGGUGAGUCAAGAGAGCUUGGAUAUGGAAGAUUUCGAAAUGACGAGACAGAGAAACAGGAUAAGGACACACAGGGGGAGGGGGAUGCUGCACCGCGCGGGGGAGAGAGACGCUGGGGACGGGGAGGGGAGGGAUCAGAACGGCGACGGAGGAGACGGGCCGGCAGCGGGAUUCCAGGACCAUGACUCGCCCACGCGCACGGCGGCGCGAGCGAAAGAUAAAAGGACGAGACCGAAUCAUAUGCACAAGGGGAAGCUGCCAAAAGAUAAACGAAAGUUGAGAGAGAAGAGGAGGAGCACGGGUGUAGUACACUUGCAGUCGACAGAGAGUACCGGAGACAGUCUAGAUGAUGAUGAUGAAGAAGACAAGGUGUUGAUGGAGACAAAGAAGAACACCGUGUUUAACGAACUCACAGAGAAGAACAAGGCCAAUCACGAGCCUCACAGUCAUCACCAUUCAUCUUACCAGCAUCACACACAUCACAGUCACAGUGGCUACACGGCUCGCAGAAACAAGAGCCCGUCUGACUUGGAGGCUGACCUUGAAGACAACCAGGACUACGACAGCACUGUGAGUCACUCGGAGACCAACCUGACACUGAUUGGUCGGUCCGAGUCGUCCGACACACAGAUCUCUCUGUCCCACCUCAGCCGGCCCGCCGCCAUCUCCAAAUUCACUCGCUACUCCCCCGAAACUGCCGCUGCGUCUUUCAGCCACUCCACCGUGCCGACCCUGAGCGACCCCGAGUCGAACAAGACAAACUCCACGUCGUCCUCCACCUACUGUUCCCCGGCGACAUCAACAUCGGUGUUGUCACGAUACGUCGACAGGUCACGUGACUCCGAGAACGUCACCAAGGAUGCUGACAGGGCUGGGGUGGGCAAGUUCAGAGACAGUAAUAAGAGUACUGAGAACACGUAUAGCAGUUAUUCGAAUCGGUUCCGGGGAAGAGAGGACUCAAGUUCGCCGGUUCAGUCCCACGUUCAGACGCGGAUAUCGGCAUACCCCGGAGCGAAGCCGGUUGUCACACAGCAGAAUGAAUACACGUCUAAUGUGGAGAAGCAACUGGAGAAGGAGAAGGAAGAAAAUAAACGAUUAAAGCAAAUGCUUGAAGAAAAGGAUCGACGGAUUGCUGAACUGGAGAGAGAGGUCUCGUUACUAAACAAGGAGAUGGAUGACAUUGAGGAUCAAAACAUACAACUGGAGGAGGAGAAGAGUGCACUAAUCCGAUCUCUGUCACAACUCAGCACAAAUGUUUAAUUGGUCACCACCGUCACACUGACAUUAUGUCACCUCUGUCGUGCUGUGACAUUAUGUCAUCACCAUCACACUGAUAUUAUGUCACCUCCAUUAUGUUGUGGCAUUGUGUCACCUCGAUCAAAUCUGUGACGUCAUGUCAGCUCUGUGACACUAAUAUUAUGUCUAUGAUAUUCUGUCACAUCCUCAAAACUGUGACAUUCUGUCAUCUCCGUCACACUGACGUUUUGUCACCUUAGUCAUACUGUGACAUUCUCUCGUCACCACCACCAUCAUGCUGUGACAUUCUGUCAACUAAGCCACGCUGUGACAUUCUGUCACCUCCGCCACGCUGUGACAUUCUGUCACCUCCACCACGCUGUAAUGUUCUGUUGUCGCCCAGUUAUUAAGAGUACUUCCAAAGAGAAGAGGACUGUAUGCUACACUGCUGUCCAACCAUCUGUUGUUGCUGUGAUGUACUAAUGUUUCUGAUGCCAGUUCUUGACAUGGUAUUCAUUUAAUUUUGUGUGAUGGUGUGGACAUUCACCAUCGCACCUAUUGUAUCACUUUGUAUCCAUAUGCCUUGACAUAGUCUACCACUUCAAUUUAGUUUGGGUUAUUUUUGUGCCUGUUGAAAGCCAGUGUAAACUUCUAUUCACCAGUUAGCACAUAUUUAACACAAAAAAACACAUCUGCCGAAUAGCAAUGGAACAUUUUCGAUUUUUAAAAUCAUUUUGCUUAAAACAUUCAUCCCACAUGUUUAUGUACAGUGACAUAUAGGAAAAUAUUAUGGCAAAAUGUAAACAAACUUCAGUUUCAGGGCUAGCAAAACAUUUGGUCAAAUUAUCUUUUUGAAAAAUGCAAAACCCAGUUAUUUUCCAACAAAAUAACAAUUAUUAUUUGGAUUUUUACGUCAAAUUAUAAUAAAAUUCUCAAAUGGCGACUUUGGCGAGUGGCAGAGCUAGACCUGAGUUUGAAAAUCCAUGCUAUGAAAUUAAUGUACAUGUGAUAGGAACUACAUUAGCUUCAUACACCAAAAUACUAUAAUUGUUUUCAUUUCCAUAUUAUGAACCAAAACUCCCAACAAAUUGCCUUUUAAACAUCAUGCACAUGAUAUAUAAAAAUAUUUUGAUUCAUUACUUUUCUUACAUUUUAUGAUCAAAGUAGCACAAAUUAGCAGAAAAAAAUGCACUAAAUUAGUUUUUUUUGUAAAUAACCUCUUUAAUUAUUAUUAAGUUUUCUAUUUUAUUAAAAAAAAACAUGUUUGUCUUAACAUUAUUACCUAUUCCAGUUUAGAAACCAUUCACUUUUUGCCGUACUGUAUUUGGAACUAACCGUUACUACUAUAAAUAUAAUUAUGUGCCUUCAGUUAUUUUGCAUACUGUUUUGUGGUUCAUAGUAUGCUGAAUUGGACAGCCAUAAAUAUGUCCUCAUAAAACAGCAAAUGAUUAGUCAUGCAUUCCUUAUAAUCACAUGAAAUUGGUUUCCGCAAACAACAAAUCAUUUACAUGCAUCUUAUUUUAUCUUAGUUUUAAAUUUCUGAAAUCAGGCUACGGGGCGGGAUGUAGCCCAGUGGUAAAGUGCUCGCUUGAUGCGCAGUCGGUUUGGGAUUGAUCCCUGUUUUUUGGGCUCAUUGGGCUAUUUCUUGUUCCAGCUAAUUGAUCAAUGUGUUCCAGUGGUGUCGUUAAACAAAACAAGAUCAGGCUCGACAGUUUAGCAUUUUAUGUCUUGCAUAGGUCAUACACUUGUAUAUGUAUUUUGUCUCAUCUUUGAUCUAUAUUUAUCAUGUUGCCUCAACUGUAUCUUUGAAAUCAAUCCAACAUAUCAAAUUAUAACGUUUUAUUUAUGGAGUUUUAUAGUUUAUGCAGGGUGUGAAUUUGUUUUUAAUUCUUAAAAUAAAGCAUUCCAGUUCCAGUUUAGUUAUUUACGUACAUAUAAAAUUGUAUUUAUGUAAAAAGAAGAAAAAUGUUUGUUUAAUAACAACAGAUCAUGACUGUUUCUAUGCCAAAUGUACAGGUUUUGUAUUGCAUUAAUAAAAAUGAUAACUAUUUUUCUUAGUUACCGAGGGUAGAACAUAAAUGUAUUAGUAUAUUUACAUGUUUUGCAAUUCUGUAAACUCAACUGUCGUAGAUUAUGGUUUAGAGCACAAAGUGCACACUGAGCAUUUUGAACUGAAAUAUACUUUGAGAAUUUGAGCAUAAACUAAAUUCAAAAGAUUUACUAAAAUGAUUGCAGUUUCCAUGACAUUGUAUUUUUGUUUGCACACGGCAAAGAGGCAGUUUGUAAUAAUAUGUUUAAUGUUUUUAUUAUGAACUAACAGUGAUAAGAAGAAAAAUAUAUAUAGUGAAAAUCAAGACAGAUUUGCAUUUACUUAAAUGAUACUUGCAUGUAGCCAAUAUGUUGAGAAAUGUUCUAAAUGCAUUUAUGCCAUCAAAGCCACAGACCCUAGUUUCCACCUGCGAAAAGAUUGAUGUGCCAUUAUAUGCAAAUCCAUUCUGUUUUCACGAGACAGAACGUGCGGAACAUGUUUAGGACAGUAGUCUUGAACAUACCCCACAUGUCAAGCUAUUUAGUCUGUGAUGUUUAAACGAGUAAAUACUGUCUAAAAUAGACUAAAGCUUGACUAAGUGUUUUUAGAAUUAUGAAAAAUGUAUGUCGUGGUAUUAUAAUCGCUAGGAUGGCCACAAAUACUUCGGAUCUACACAAAUGGAUAUUCUAAACAUUAAAAUGUAAAUACGCGUAACUUCAAAUUUAGAUUAUCAUUAUCAAGAAUGGCUCUUAAUAGGAAAAAAAAAUCAUUGUUUAAAAGACUAGGCUCAGUCACUUUAAUGUAGGGGUGGAAUGCAUUGUGGGAUUGUUUUUUGUGUGGUUUUUUUGUUAUUAAUGAUCAUGGGGUAGUGAUAUAUUUGUCAUAAAUGAGGUUUUGUGAGAAUGUCUUUUAUGUUAUUUGUGGAGUAGGGGAGAUUUAUUUAUGUGGGAUGGGGAUGUGUUCAUACUGUUGAUCAGUAUGGGAUGGGGAUGGGUUUAUUUUAUUGUUAGAAAUGGGAUGAAGAGAUAUUUGUUGUUCAUGGCCUUGGGGUGUGAAUGUAUUUAUGAUACUAAUGAUGGGUAUAGGGUUGUUUAUACUCAACAAAAGUAAGGGUAAUGGAACAUUUUGUUUUUAAAAUGUUGAUAGUGAUAUUUUUAGUCAAUUGAAAAUGGAUUAGUUGCUACUUUUAAUGUUUUAAAAUUGUGAAUUCAUCUCUGAAACUUGAAAUUGAGACGUGAUACUGAACAAAAGGUAAUAUUAUUAUAGUAAUUUUUUUAGCACAGAUGACUUAAAAUUGUUUCAGUAAAAUUUGACCCAAUAUAUUUGCACAUAAUUUUUGUGUGUGUGCAUUUAUGAACACGACUAAAAUGCACCUUUGGCUAGUGUUCAUUUCACAUUGGUUCAUAGCAAUACUUAGUUUGUUCACUUUAAAUUGCUGUUUAACUUGUUAAAUUUAAGAACAUGCCCCAAUACUCUAAUUUUGUUGAGUGUAUGUUAACCCUUGUGAAAUAAGAUCAACUCUGUAUUUAACGAGAACAAAAUUUAAUCAAUAUUUUGGGGAAAAUUUGGCAUUAUUGGAUUACUUUUUGAAAAAGUUUUUUAAUUUUUGGUCUGAAAUCAGUAAGUUAGUCUUAUUUCAGAUUAUGUUAAUUGCCAAUAGUGUAUUCAAGUGUUACACAAUGUCAUUAAAUUGUGAUUCAGUUUAUAGAUAUGGGGUCAUACAGUACACUGUCAUGAAAUUGUGAUUCAGUAUAUAGAUCUGGGGUCAUACAGUACACUUUGUCAUGAAAUUGUGAUUCGGUUUUUACAUUUGGGGUCAUACAGUACACUAUAUCAUGAAAUUGUGAUUCAUUUUAUAGAUCUGGGGUCAUACAGUAUAAUAUGUCAUUAAAUUGUGAUUCAGUUUAUAGAUAUGGGGUCGUACAGUACACUGUCAUGAAAUUGUGAUUCAAUUUAUAGAUCUGGGGUCAUACAGUACACUCAUGAAAUUGCGAUUCGGUUUAUAGAUCUGGGGUCAUACAGUACACUCAUGAAAUUGCAAUUCAGUUUAUAGAUUGGGGUCAUACAGUACACUGUGUGAAAUUGUGAUUCAGUUUAUAGAUCUGGGGUCAUACAGUACACUCAUGAAAUUGUGAUUCAGUUUUUAGAUGUGGGAUUAUACAGUAAUGUAUUUGAAAUGAUCUUUAUUCCUACCCAUAUACUGCUGUCAAAGUUGUGCAUUGUAUUUGUUCUUUUUCUCAUAUGCAUUUUAAAAAAUAUAAAUGAUGCUUACACUUUAUGUUCACACAUUGUUUGGUGUCAGGUUACUGUAGUAGCAUUUGCAUUCACUUAUUUAAUUUCACUGUAUUUACACGGUGGAUCUGUUGUUUGUAUGUUACUUUGUAGGGAUUGCAUAUUCUUUAUAAUCUCUUUAAUAUCUGGAUAUAAUAUAAAACUAAAAUGCACUGAAACUCGAUAUAAUUAAGCCAGUAUUCAAACUUUCAUGUGAAUGAUAAUUUAUAGUCCUUACAAGAAACCCCUUUUUUCAUACUAUGGAAUUCACUACAAGUUAUUUAUUUCUGAGCCGAUUGUUUUCUAAAUUACACACAGAAAUAGUUGGGGGGUUUUGGGGUGUUUUUUUUGUUGUUUCCAAAAUACUUUAGCUUUUUUUCUUACAUCAAACUAAACUGAAAUUAUUUACAAAAAAACAUUUUUGUAAGAGGAUUGGAUGGACUAGCUUGGAUUGUGAUUAUAUAUAAAUUUUCCAAUUCAGCACAGAUUUACUCUCCCCCCCCCCCCCCCCCCCAUCCAGUACUGACACAUAUUGGUUUCUUCAAGUUUGAUAACUUUAAUUAUUGGUUCCUGUCCCAAACAGUGUCCCACAACUGGCCAUGAUAUGGGAAGUGCAUAUAAAAGAUCCCUUGCUGCUGAUGGCAAAAGGUAGUGUGUUUCCUCUGAAACCAUGUGUCAAAAUUACCAAAUGUGUGACAUCAAAGCA